AUGAAUAGUCGAAUGAAUCGUCUACGACGAUCAAUAUCUCGAUCUGUUCAUCAGUUAGGAAAUUUGUCAAGACAAGGAAGUCUAAGUGGCUUAGUACAGUUACCAACAUCUUCUACGCCAGCUACACUGAGUGAUCGUUUCGCGAGUCCGAGUAAUUUUGGUCAGCUAGAUGACACUAUCAAGAAGAACAAUGAAUCUUUAAAAGAAAUCGUUUCUAUAUUAGAAGAAAAAGCAAAUUUGGAUUUUCAUUAUUCCAAAGCUUUGAAAAAGCUGUCAGCUCGAUUGCACAAGAUAACUCAUGGAGCGAAAUCGGAAAUCGACCAUGGAUGGACAACGGUUGCUGAACAGUUUGAUGUUCAUGCUACUAUUCAUAACAAUCUGGGUUCAGCUAUGACUGACGAUGUUAUUCAGCCGUUACGAUCAGUUCAGCAAGGCCAUCAAAGAACUAUUCGGGCUGCCGAGAUGUUUGUUGAGAAAGAAACUCAUAAAUUGAAGAAUAAGAAAGAGGAUACUAAUAGAAUAAAAAAGAAUUUAUAUGAAGCUGCAAGACAAUUAGAGAAAGUAGAAUAUGCCGCUGAACAAGACUCAAUAACUUCUAAUAAGAUUCCAACUCGUCGUCAAAAGUUACAUGAUCAAGUUGUUAAUCUAGAAGAUGUUUAUAUUUCUGAUACUAUCGAUAUGGAGAAACAAAGAAGAGUUACGGAAAACGUUCUGAGAAAAGGAGUAGAAAGCUUAGAACUUGUCGAGAGACAACGCCUUGUGCAUUGUCAAGCUGCACUAGGACGCUAUCAAAAGAAAAUCGAGCAACUAGCACCCAAUCUUCAACAGAUGUUUGAGAGGUUCAGCAAUAACCUUGAUCUGGCUGUCUCGGCUCAAGCUUCGGAUUACAUUGAAAUGCUACAGCCUACCACUGUCGCUGUUAAUCAAGUUGUCUUAGCGGAUUUAUAUGUGAGUUUGCAUGUUUGA